CUGUAAACGGGAAGGCGUUCCUCUAGGAUGAUGCCACCUCCGUAAGCGCUGUCGCACUAUAAAGAGCUAGCAGUCACUGUGAACUCCUCACUCGUCUCACAGCCACCAAAGCGGCUCAGAUCGGUCAAGUUGGCUACUCCAACGCUGCUAAACAACACAAAAGCCGCAAGAUGUCGACCGACAUGUACUCAGAAUCUCGCCGGGUCUGCCCAUCGAUCCACGGCAACAAGUUUGACACAGCGAACCGCAAGCGGGCGGUGGCGAACAUCUUCGAGAAAGUCAACCAGGACGCGCUCAUGAGACUGUUCCAGAAAACCGGGGACAUGAAAGCCGAGGAGAGAGUGAGGAGCAUCUUCUCCUUCGCGCACGACCCCGAAGAGACGGCCAAAGCUCUGAUGGCUCUCAAGCAAAGGAAGAAGGACAAGUUCCUGCGGAUCGCAGGGAUGGUGCGACACUUUCUGAAGCUGCGAUGAGCGUCUUUACGCGGUGACCCGCGGCUGCACGGUCGUACAUUUCAGACUGCCGGUGACAUUUACAACCUGGCGAUAAAGGACACGUCUAGAGUGGUCGAGAAGGAACCACUCAGAUGAAGGAAAGUCUCGUAAAUUACACGAGCCCUUUGAUACAAGAUAUGAAGGACGGGACGCACAGUAUCUGGAGCUGUGGCGACGCUCGGAGUGAAGGAAUCCCGUGGCGCUCGCACACGGAGCCCCCGCACACGGAGCCCCUAGUGCAUCAUCAAGUGAAGACGCGCGAAAAUGUGUCUUGUGAACUAUGCAUUUUAAAAAUGGACUAACACGACCUACUGCACCUUAUAGGUGUAUUUGUUGGUGCACAAGAACUAUGACUGGAGACAGACAUUGUAUUGCCUGAAAACUGCCUAUAAACAUUAUGCCUUGUCUCUAUGCCAGUUCAAUAUUGUGAUAUGUGUUUUAACACUCAAUGGCCACUUAUUUAUUUAUCACAAUGUUAUAACACCAGUUAUGCAUUUUUCACGAUAUUAUUUUUCAUUGUUUGUACAAUAAAUUAUUAACUAAA